GCCACGGGGGCCACCGCGAGCCCGCUCUCCGCUCCCCUCGGCUUUACCGGCUACAGGGGCCUCCCCCGCUCCGGGAUUGGAUGCGAGAGGAGGGUGGGGGCGGGCGGGGGGACCCCAGGAGCCCAGGUUCCCCGCUCUGGCGGAGAGCAGCCGGCAGCUCAGACGCCACUGGUCCGCGCCUGGAAGAACCUCCGCGCCGACCUGGAGCGCUCCGGCGGGCGGCGCGGAGGAGGCGGCAGCAUUGGCGGCCCGCAGGCGGCAGGCGCACCGCGAUGUUUGACAGCUCGCAGUAUCCCUACAAUUGUUUCAAUUACGACGCCGACGACUACCCGGCGGGCAGCUCGGACGAGGAGAAGCGGCUCACGCGGCCAGCGUACAGCUACAUCGCGCUGAUCGCCAUGGCCAUUCAGCAGAGCCCGACGGGCAGGGUGACCCUGUCUGGAAUCUACGACUUCAUCAUGCGCAGGUUCCCAUACUACCGCGCCAACCAGCGCGCCUGGCAGAACUCCAUCCGCCACAACCUGUCCCUCAACAGCUGCUUUGUCAAGGUGCCACGGACCGACGGCCACGAGAAGGGCAAGGGCAACUACUGGACCUUCGCCGGCGGCUGCGAGUCACUGCUGGACCUUUUCGAGAACGGCAACUUCCGCCGGCGGCGGCGCCGGCGCGGCCCCAUGGGCGCGGAGGGGAGGGGGGCGCGCGGGACAGAUGCGGGGCCGCACCCGGGCCCCCCUGACCCGGCCAGCGCACCGGCGACCCCAAUCCCCCCCCGCGAGCCCCCGACCCCGGCCAGCCCUGCCGUCCUGGGGAGGGAGGCGCACAGGGACAUCAAGUUCAGCAUUGACUACAUCCUCUCCACCCCUGACCCCCUUCCUGGAUGCAGGUCACCCCACGUGCAAGAGGGCAGACACCCCCCGCUGGAGGCGCGCCAGGUGAACCUCCACCUUUGGACCAUGUGAGAGGCACUGAGGCGGCUCCCCCUCCAGGGCUGGCACCCGGUCAGUCUGGGGCCUUUGGGGUGAUUUCAGUCCACCUGAAGCAAAGAAAUGAGGUUCUGACACAAUCCACAAAGUUCACAAACUCAGGCUCAGUGCUGAAACCAGCCUGGGUUGGAGGGAAAGAGGUGACAGGCUGAAAGGCGCUCAUUUCCCUGUUGCCCCAUUACCCCUUCAGAUAAAACCCACCACUUCGCGUUGGAGGACUUAAGGGUUUGCUCUUGACUCACCCAGGGAUCUUGCUUGAGGGCUAAGAGCUCACGGUCAGGGUCACGAUCACUUAGAGUCAAGGUAAUGAUGGAGAGGUCGCUUCCUAGACUGCUGCGGGUGAGCAGAGUGUCUGGGGUGGAGUUGGUGGGCGUUUUCUCUAGCUGAAAACAAUAAAAAUGAAGUGCA